GACGUUGCGAAAGCUCUUUGGUAAGCAUUACGGAUACGAUCAAGGCCAUGUUGACUACCGUACUGGUAUUUCAUGCAAAAUGUCCGGAUCCAGAGAUACGAACUUCGUCUUAACUCAUCUUGGUGAAUUGGAAGCACUUGCAGAAGAAAUUCUCACCGAAAAACAGCAGAUUGUGGAUCUUGAUCGGAAGAGAAACCAAAGCAGAGAAGCAGUUCGAGCGCUCAAAAACCAGACAGAAUCUCAGAAGAGUAAAAAGGAAGUCAAAACAUGGGUCAGCUUCGGGAACACUUUCAUUAAAUUUCCAGCCAAGAAUGUCAAGAUGAUGCUUACCAAUGAUCAGAAGAAGCUGGACGAAGAGAUCAAUGAUCUGAGGAAUGGAUUAAAGCCAAAGGUUGCCAAACUUAGAGAAAUGGAAGGUCAAGAAGAGAAAAAGGGGUUUGAUCUGAAGGCAAUGUCUCGGGAUGAACUGAAGGCAGUGUACCAUCCUACGGGCUUCCAAGGCAACACCUGAUGGCUUAGAUUAAACCAAGAUGGACACUGCAGUCAACAGAGGAACAGUCAGUCCUGUACAUGACACCAUCAAUAGAGGGAGUCUUCACAGAUGGUUAUUCAGGUUGUACUGGCUACAGGAGUGGCCAUGUCCCUCUAGGAAGCAUGUUGCCAUGAGAGCAUUUGAGAAUCCGUGUGGUAUUCACAUGAGUUAAGCCUAAAAAUUCUCCAACUUAAGAAUUCUCCCCCAAAAUACAAUUUUAAGUUAGCAAUCAUAGUUCAUCUGGAAACAUUUUCUUCAGUCACUGUGUCAUUCACACAAAAGUAUGAUUCUUUCAUAC